AUAAAUUUUAUCAAGUGUUCCUCUUUUGACGAUAAAAAUGCAAUUACAACCUCCAGCUUAUGAAAGUCUUGCAGCUGUAGACAAUAUGAUUGAUGAUGAUAAUUCAAAUAGUAAUGUGGAACAAGGAAUUAUUCAUCCAGUUAGACGGCGACCAUUUGGUAAAUCUCUGCGUAAUCGAUUGAAUCAUAUUGUCAGUAUGUAUAUACCCGGAAAUAAUCCUAUAGAAAACCGUUUAGUCGGUAUUGAUGAGACAACAGAUCAUACAGGAUUAUUAUCUUCUAACGAAAGUAAAUUAGGAUUUCCUUCUACGAAAGAUGAUGAAUUAUAUGAUAUAAAGUUAAUUUAUCCAGGUGAUCAAUUAAUCAAAGGUAUUCUUCGCUAUGCUAGUCUACCAGAUACAUUUUCGCCUAAUGAAUCUCCAAAAAUCACAUGUCUAGCUGCAGAUCAUAAAAUAAUUUAUAUUGGAUUAGAAAAUCUACCAUAUAUAUUUCUAAUUUCUGCUGAGUCAAAUGAUUGGAAUGAUCAAAAUUAUCAUAAAUUUGAAAGUAAUCAUUACAAGGGUUGUUUACAUCUUCAUUCUUCUGGAGUUGGAAAUAUUUUACCUCAUGAAUUAUGUGCUCAUUCUACUAAAACUAAUCAUACUUUCCUCUACAUCGUUGGAACUAUACAAACUGAUAAUAUGAAAGAAGAAAAGAAAUGGAUUUUGGCAAAAUUUGAUUUGAAUGGUCAACAAAUUGCUCGUAGUCGUACUUAUUCAUAUCAACGUUAUUCUGGUUUAUCUGUAGACACUAAUGAUGAUCAUUUAUUGCUUGCUUGUCCUUCAAUCAAUGAAGUAAAUUCAUCGAAUAUUGAUUCGCCAGGACAAAUAUGUAAGUUAACCCCAGGAUUUGAACGUCGAGUAUUCUCUAUUACAAUGGGUAAAGAGUCUGUUUUCUAUAAACCAAAUUAUGUAACACAAGAAACAGCUGGUCAUUGUUGUUGGGCUUCUGUUGAACGUAUCCUUUAUUCUACAGAAAAUACAGAAAAUAUUUAUCAACCUACAAGAAGACUUUUAGCAUUUCCUGGACGUCAACCUAUUGGUGAAUUAAAACAAAGUGCACGUGAAUGGUUACAUGCUUAUUCAUGGGAUUUUGCUGAUUUGAGACCAGGUAGAAUAACUGCUUUCGAUGCUGAUCGUUUAUUGGUGAUUGAUGCAGAGAAUGGAACACUUUCUUAUAUUACUUGGGUAAAUAAUGAAGAGAAACCGAACUUGUAUCGUAUUACCCGUCCAUCAACAAAACCUAUACGUCUACUAUAUUCAACAUACAAUUCGAAAUGUUUAUCCAAUGAAUCAAGUAAAAAUGUUGCCUAUUUUGUAGCUGGUUCUAGUAUAUUCUCUUUUGCAUUUUGCCCCAAUACUUGUACAACAACAACAUUUAAUGAUAAUAGUAAUAAUAAAAAUGAUAAUACUACUACUAACAACAAUCACACAAGUAAUAACGUCAGUCACGCAUAAAUAAUUUGUUGUUUUCUGUCGGUUACCAUUUAUUGCAAAUUUCUUCCUUGUCAUCAUCAGUUUAUUUGUAUAGUUUUAAUGAUAAUGUUCAUGAAAUCUUAUAAAAACAGACCCAAUUGAAAUUUAUACAGUUAUGAAAAUAUUAAUGUGUAUGUGUGAGUGUUUCAUUGAUCAUUGCACCAAAAUUUCAAUGUUCAAUGACAUUGUUUGUUUUACACAAUUUAUUCUCAUUAAUUGAUUAUCAUUUUCAAGGUUAAUCUCUUCUUUUAAAUGGUUCAAUGUUUCCAUCUUUUUAUUUUCUACGAAGUGCACAUUACUUUCAUUUAUUUUUCCGCUUGUUUACUAUAAACCAAUUCUAUGUAUAUCCAUAUCACAUGAAGUGACAUGUAACUUCCAAUAAUAAUUUGAUGUAAUAUCCAUCAAAGAAAAUGUCAGCCUUUCAAAAAAAGAAGAAAUAAACGAAUCUAAAUAGAUUGUUAAAGAUGACCAAAGCUUUGGAGUUUAAUUUAAACAAAGAAAUGUUGAAUUUAUGGACAGGACUUUCUUUUAAAUCAUCACCUUUCUUUUAACGAUGGAAUAGUAAUAAUAACAAGAAGAUAGAGUUAAUCAUUGGAAAUGAAGGGGGACAAUUACUUACUACAAAUGUCUGAAUUCUUGUUAAUGUCAUUUAUAAUUCUUCUUCUUUUCUUGUUUAAAGGAAAAUAACAUUCUUUUCAUGAUUAUCAUACUUGUUUCUUUAUUACACAUUUUGUAUUCUUUAUUUGUAUUGUUGUUUUUGUUUCUUUCUAAAUAGUAUCUGCUUUGAUAAUGUUUCGAAAUUGAAUAUAAUCUCUAUAUAGAACUGCAUAGAUGUUUAGUUUCAUAUGUGUGUGAGUAUAAAUGAGGGCUUGUUUGGAUAUAUUUAUUGAUAUUUCUAUGAUCGAUGAACACCGGUUCUAUAUACUUUAGUUAUAUUAAGUCAGUCAAUUACUCAGUAACAACGAAGAACUUCGUACGUACAUACAUCAGUUCGAGUUGCCAUACAACAUUAGCACAGAGAUACAAUUAU